UUAUUAUUCUCCUCUCUCCUCUUCUCCAUCUAUCUCUCUCUCUCUCCAUCAUCUUUCCUUUCAAUAAUCAUGAGAGAGAUCCUCCACGUCCAAGGCGGCCAAUGCGGUAACCAGAUCGGCUCCAAAUUCUGGGAGGUUAUCUGCGACGAACACGGCGUUGAUCCAACGGGACGUUACACCGGUGACUCGGCCGAUCUCCAGCUAGAGAGGAUCAAUGUAUAUUACAACGAGGCCUCUGGUGGGAGGUACGUGCCUCGUGCGGUUCUUAUGGAUCUGGAGCCUGGUACAAUGGAUAGCAUCAGAUCCGGUCCUUAUGGUCAGAUUUUCCGUCCCGAUAACUUCGUCUUUGGCCAGUCCGGCGCCGGUAACAACUGGGCCAAAGGUCACUAUACCGAAGGUGCUGAGCUCAUUGAUGCUGUUCUCGAUGUUGUUCGCAAGGAAGCCGAGAACUGUGACUGCUUGCAAGGAUUUCAAGUGUGUCACUCUCUCGGAGGAGGCACGGGUUCAGGAAUGGGAACUCUGCUGAUAUCAAAGAUACGAGAGGAAUACCCAGACAGGAUGAUGCUAACAUUCUCUGUAUUCCCAUCUCCAAAGGUCUCAGACACAGUGGUUGAGCCUUACAACGCCACUCUCUCUGUCCACCAGCUCGUUGAGAACGCUGAUGAAUGCAUGGUCCUCGACAACGAAGCUCUCUACGAUAUCUGUUUCCGCACUCUCAAACUCAGCACUCCUAGCUUUGGAGAUUUGAACCACUUGAUCUCCGCAACAAUGAGUGGUGUGACUUGCUCCUUACGUUUCCCUGGACAACUCAACUCUGACCUAAGGAAACUCGCUGUGAACCUUAUCCCAUUCCCUCGUCUCCAUUUCUUCAUGGUUGGUUUCGCGCCUCUCACUUCUCGUGGCUCCCAACAAUACAUCUCCCUCACAGUCCCCGAGCUUACACAGCAAAUGUGGGACGCCAAGAACAUGAUGUGCGCAGCUGAUCCGCGUCACGGUCGUUACCUCACAGCCUCAGCAAUGUUCAGAGGAAAGAUGAGCACAAAGGAAGUCGACGAGCAGAUUCUGAAUGUUCAGAACAAGAACUCUUCCUACUUUGUCGAAUGGAUCCCAAACAACGUCAAGUCCAGCGUCUGCGACAUCCCACCGACUGGAAUCAAAAUGGCUUCUACUUUUGUCGGAAACUCGACUUCGAUCCAGGAGAUGUUCAGGAGGGUGAGUGAACAGUUCACUGCUAUGUUCAGGCGCAAGGCGUUUUUGCAUUGGUACACAGGAGAAGGCAUGGACGAGAUGGAGUUCACUGAAGCUGAGAGCAACAUGAAUGAUCUUGUCGCUGAAUAUCAGCAGUACCAAGAUGCUACAGCUGAUGAAGAAGGUGAGUACGAGGAUGAAGAAGAAGAAGCUUACGAAUCUUGAUUUUUUUCUCCUUUAAUGUGGUCAGAGAACACAACCAAAAAUAUAUAUAUAUACAUAUUAAGUUGAAUCUAUUAAAAAAUUAUUGUGUGUGUUUGUGUUAGCAUUGUUAAAGAAGUCUUUGAGUUUACUUCUCUUCAUGGUUCUUACUUCGUAUUGUAUUUGCCAUUUGGUUUGUUCUUUCCUUCUCAUUGUCUUGUAAGUUGUAAUAAUAAUAAUUUCUCCACUUAUCUCUCAUUUUCUA